AAUAAUUUUCUGGUUUUUUUUCCACCGCGUUUAGAACUACGAGAGAUCUUUGACUGCUUCGACACAGACGGAAAUGGGACGAUAAGCAAGGAAGAGUUUAGCAAAAUCUUGAGCGUAGUGAGUCUGGAAACCUCUUCCGUGCAGCUCAAACUUCUUAUGAGUCACGCGGAUAUAAAUGGCGACGGCCAGAUAGCUUUCGACGAGUUCGUUGAGUGCUUUGGAGCGAAGGAGCUCACCUCAACUCCAGACGUUGGCACUUUGUAUGAAACCUUCCGAAUCUUUGACAAGGAUGAUGAUGGAUACAUAACACCCAAGGAGCUGCAAGCCGUCCUUACUCAGAUGGGAGUUACAGUUUCUGAGUACGAGGCUGCUGAUAUUCUUUCGGAGGCUGAUAGAGAUGGCGAUGGACGCGUAACAUUUGACGGUGCGUGA